GCUUCCGGCGCUAGGUUCCGGGUGGGCCCAACUCUUGUUUGUUUUUUGUUUUGAGAUUGGGUCUAACUAUGCCGCCCAGGCUGGCCUCGAGGCCUGGGCAAUCCUCCUGCCUCAACCUGCAGAAUGUUGGAGCUCACAGGCGGCGUGAGCUACCACGCUCGGCUGUGGGCGCAACUCUAGCUCCGCCCACGCAGGUCAGCGCAGCGUUCUGGUGAAUUUAAGCCACACUUCCGUCCAAAGCUGCUAAACUCGUUCAAGUGCUUAUUCAGUCAGCACAGUAAUAGUAAAUAUUCUGCAGCCCUGGCUACAGUACUUUGGUGACACUUUUCACGAGGUUCCAUAAAAGACUCUUCCCAAGACAUGCGUGGAGGGAUCCUCACUAAGUUCACUCCUCGCUGGUAGAGAAAAUGUGGAAUUAUAAACGGAUUCAGGCACCACAAAGCCUGAGUGCCCUCUCCGUAUCUUCCCACCUCCUAGCUCUUGCAGACACUUCCGGCGACUAGGCGGGUGUACACCGUCAAUCGGCCUGGCGCCCCAUCCCCUUAGCACCCAGAAACCCUUCGCGAGAUACUUCUCUGCUUCAGUAGGCUCGGGGCUGCUUCCGUAAGUUUUUCCUUCCUCCUGAGCAAGGAAGGCGGUCUUCCACUUCCGCUGUCUGGUCACCGGCCCCGCCUCUACCCUCCCCCCUCCCCCCCACUGGGUCCUAGCGCCAGCCUCUCUCCGAGUAUCCCGAGCUCUGUCGGCGCUAGGCACCACCGCCGAAGCUGAGGAGCCUGCGAAAAUCGAACCAGAGAAGGCCUACUCACCAAGGACAUGGAAGUGGAGUCUACAGAACCUAGGUCCCCAGGCCCCUGCUACAAGCGCUCUGGCCGCCGUUAUAAGUGCCUGUUUUGUACAAAGACAUUUCCAAGUGCUCCCAGGGCGGCCCGCCACGCUGCUACUCAUGCGCCUACAGACUGCACAGAGGAGGUGGAUGCGGUCCAGCCAAAGGUGGAUACAGAGCCCAAGGCCGAGGAAACCAGUGGAGACAAGGUAUCUGGUUCAGUAGCCAAGCCCCGGCCCUAUGCUUGCCCACUGUGCCCCAAGGCCUACAAGACAGCUCCUGAGCUACGCAGCCAUGGGCGCAGCCACACUGGUGAGAAGCCCUUCCCGUGCCCAGAGUGUGGCCGCCGCUUCAUGCAGCCAGUGUGCCUGCGUGUGCACCUGGCCUCCCAUGCUGGUGAGCUGCCCUUCCGGUGUACACACUGCCCCAAGGCUUAUGGUACACUCUCUAAACUAAAGAUCCACCAGCGUGGACACACAGGUGAGCGGCCCUAUGCCUGUACCGACUGCGGCAAGAGCUUUGCUGAUCCUUCAGUGUUCCGCAAGCAUCGGCGCACACAUGCAGGCCUGCGACCCUACAGCUGCGAGCGCUGCGGCAAGGCCUACGCAGAGCUCAAGGACUUACGCAACCACGAAAGGUCCCACACGGGGGAGCGCCCCUUCCUCUGCUCAGAGUGUGGCAAAAGCUUCUCUCGAUCCUCUUCCCUCACAUGCCACCAGCGUAUCCAUGCAGCCCAGAAACCCUAUCGUUGCCCGGCUUGUGGUAAGGGCUUCACACAGCUCAGCUCCUACCAAAGCCAUGAGCGCACGCAUUCAGGUGAGAAGCCGUUCCUGUGCCCUCGGUGUGGCCGCAUGUUUUCUGAUCCGUCGAGCUUCCGCCGGCACCAGCGGGCACACGAGGGCGUAAAACCUUACCGCUGCGAGAAAUGUGGCAAGGACUUCCGGCAGCCAGCCGACCUGGCCAUGCAUCGGCGAGUACAUACCGGUGACCGACCGUUCAAGUGCCUGCAGUGUGACAAGACUUUUGUGGCUUCCUGGGACCUCAAGCGGCAUGCAUUGGUGCACUCAGGACAGCGGCCAUUCCGCUGUGAGGAGUGUGGGCGGGCAUUUGCUGAGCGAGCUAGCCUCACUAAACACAGCCGCAUGCACUCUGGCGAGCGUCCUUUCCACUGUAAUGCCUGCGGGAAAUCCUUUGUGGUGUUAUCCAGCCUCCGGAAGCAUGAGCGUACCCAUAGAAGCAACGAGACUACAGGAGCUGCCCCCCAGCAGGAGUUGGUGCUGGGACUAGCACUGCCUGUAGGCGUGGUAGGUGAGGGUUCAGCUGCCCCUGUGGCAGGUGCAGGCAUAGGGGACACUCCAGCAGGGCUGCUAGGGUUACCGCCUGAGUCUGGGGGUGUGGUGGCCACACAGUGGCAAGUGGUGGGCAUGACUGUGGAGCAUGUGGAGUGCCAGGAGGCUGGCGUUGGGGAAGCUCCUGGUACCCUGGGAGAUGCAGGAGAGGUGGGAGGGGAGGAAACUGAUGAAAAGCCCCCACAGUUUGUGUGUCGUGAGUGCAAAGAAACUUUCUCCACACUGACAUUGCUACGCAGGCAUGAGCGCUCACACCCAGAGCUCCGGCCCUUUCCCUGCACUCAGUGUGGGAAGAGCUUCUCAGACAGGGCUGGGCUUCGUAAGCAUAGCCGCACCCACAGCUCUGUACGCCCCUACUCCUGUUCCCAGUGUCCUAAAGCUUUCUUGAGUGCCAGUGAUCUGCGCAAACAUGAACGCACCCACCCCGUGCCCAUCGGGACCCCCAUCCCCCUGGAGCCUCUUGUGGCUUUGCUAGGAAUGCCAGAAGAAGGGUCAGCUUGAAGCUUAUAGACCUCUCUACUACACUCCCCAUCCCAGCCUCUGGGCAACUAGCUCAACUCUCGGUCCACUACGAGAUGUGGACAGUGGAGGCUGAAAGCACUUGUCAGGGAGACUCAUUAAAGCACUGGCUUUGACACCAAGCUGUCUCCUGUAUUCUGGUUCAGUUUAACUGCAGUGGAAAUCUGGGAUUAACAUACAUUAGAAGGGUCUUGGUGACAGCCUCUCACGGCCCAGCCUGAUCCAGAACUCACUUUGUAGCCCAGGCUCACCUUGAACUCAACCAAUCCUCCUAUCUCAGCCUCCCAGUACUAGGAUUACAAGGACUCACCACACACCUGGCCCCUAGAAGGUCUUGAAAUGCAUUGAUUGCCAAAGUAUAUUUUGGGCUGUCUUGACAAAGAAUUUUCAUGGCCAAGUUGGUACAAGAAUGUAUCUGUACCUCUGAGAAUAACUGGUGACUAAAAGGUGUGUUAAAAGUAUUAGUCCUGCUGUGAGCAAACCUAUGUGGCUCUGUUUAGCCUGUAUUCAGGACCCUGACACCUUUACUGUCCCUUCACUGAUAGUAAGCUGGGGCUGAAAAGAUGGCUUCACUGUCUAAGGCUAAGACUCACAAUAAAAAAGGUUUGGUUCCCAGCACCCA